AUGAACGUCGACCUGAACCCUAAUGUGACAUCCUCCAACUCCUUGAUGGGGAUUACCCCCCCUCCCCUCCUAUUUCACCCAAUCGCCUUCCCAUCCAAUGUGAAUGGCUAUCAAGGCUCGAGUGUCACUGCAGAGCAUAUCCGAAGCUCUGCUCACCCAUCGCAAGGAAAUCCAUCACAAGCCUCUGCCUUCGAGAAUACUCUAGAAAAUGGGUUCCCAAGUGGACUGCCCCGCGGUCAUGUCUGUCCCGCUAACCAGGCGCACCGAGAGAGUCAAGAAGUGCAGCUGAGCAACGAAACUGAUCCUCUUUACAAGUGUGGCUGGACACGUGAAGAGCAUUCACAUCUGUCCGGGCUGGUUCAGGUGCCCUCACUGCGCGAGAAAGUUUAA